GUCGAAAGAAAUAAAACCAAAAAAAAAAUAUCUCCUUUUUCCAGUUUAUCUCCUCUCCCUCCCCCCUGUUCUCUAGUCUUCUCUUCGAGCGGAGAAGCAUGGCGAUGGCGUCUACAGCUGCGACAACCGAUUUCUCGAAACCUUUUGUCUCUCCUUUAUUCCGAGGAAAAGCGAAUUUGAAUGCACUUUGCGGCAACAACAGUCGUAACCUAACGUGGCCAAAGCAGCAGAAGUCCGGAAAAGGUUACAGGUCACUUCGUGUUAAUGGAUUAUUCGGAGGUGGGAAGAAGGAAGGCAGUGAGAAAAGUGAUGAUGCGCCUUCAAAGGCAGGAAUUCUUGGUAAUAUGCAGAAUCUGUAUGAGACCGUAAAGAAAGCCCAAAUGGUCGUCCAGGUCGAGGCAGUGCGAGUGCAGAAAGAGCUGGCUGUGGCAGAGUUUGAUGGUUACUGUGAAGGUGAGCUCGUAAAGGUGACAUUAUCGGGCAACCAGCAACCGGUCCGUACUGACAUAACUGAGGCAGCCAUGGAGUUAGGUCCUGAAAAACUUUCUCUAUUGGUCACAGAAGCGUACAAGGAUGCGCAUGCAAAGAGUGUCCAGGCCAUGAAAGAAAGAAUGAGUGAUCUUGCUCAAAGCUUAGGCAUGCCACCUGGUCUCAGUGAAGGACUAAAGUAAUCUACUGUUCUUCUCUCACUCUGAGUUCCCCCCAGGUACGAGAUGUUACAGUUUUCUACUAUCAGUCAGGCAGAAAGAAGCCAGAGCAUGCUGUACUCUACUCUCAAAGAAUCAGUAAAAAAAAUAUAUUGAAACCUUUGCCCCUCA